UGCUUGCCCUUUUGUGAUAGGCUAGCAAGCCUGUCAUCGGACGGUGAGAACCACAAUGCCCAAUGCAAGCUCUCCUUGUCAGAGCUACACCGUCUGUAGAUAACGCCGGUAAACGGUAUAGCGUGUAACCGGCUCACAUGUCCUCACCUCUACUGCUACCACACAUAGGUAUGAGGACACGAGCCGACACACCUUCUGUAUGACCUUCGUUGGAGUACCUAUAGACUUGAUUACUGACGGGUCCCACACAAUGUUAACGUUGAUCUCAGACGGGCACAUGUUUCCUACUUAGCGUUCGAUACCCAUUCAUGACUUACAAACCCUUGGAAGCUAGGUACUAACAUCCUGAGUUCUCAAAACAAAGCUCCUCUUGGAUACUCCACAACUAACUCUGACCAACCAAUAUCCGGGUUUCAAUGAAGGACCCGGCUGUGCAUAUGAUGGCUUCCGGUUUGUGGUUAAUAUAACUAAGGAUAUAUUCUGGUGAUUUUGUUUUCAAAGUUUUUUUGGAAUACUUUUAGCCAUGUCUUCAGCGUUCACAGUCUGUGUUUUUGGAGUGGUCUCAUGUUUGCUUGGCUUGGCAGGUGCAACAACCAACGGUUCGGAGUGUCCGAUAAAUCUGGACCCUCCAACGGGGACCACAGGACCGAAACCUGUGUUGGAGAAACACGAGUCGGCCUUACUGAUGUUGCUUGGUUUUGGUGGGUUUUCCAUCAUACUAGCAAUGUUACAUAACGCCGUCCGCAAACACAUAUUUCACGACGAACACAACCUGGAUACGACGUUUGACGCCGGUGGAAACGUUAGUAUGAGUCUGACUGCUGUAACUGUGGCGUCACAGCUGUUCUGGCCGGGGGACAUCCUCCACAGCGCAACACUUACCACCAAGAACGGAAUCGCCGGACCAUUCUGGUAUGCUGUUGGAAUCAUGAUCAACAUCUUCAUCUUCCCCAUCUUCUCAGUACAGUUUAAAACCCGAGCCCCGGGGGCCAAGACCUACCUACAGAUCAUCCAUGCCAGAUUUGGAAAAACUGCCCACAUCGUUUUCUGUUGCUUUGCCCUCCUUACAAACCUGGUCAUCAUGAUAGGUCUUUUAUUGGCGGGAAGGGCUACUAUCCAAUCACUGACCAAGAAUGCUUCAGACGAAUUUUGUCUGCUUGUCAUGGCAACCCUAUUUGGAUCUUACUCUCUAAUCGGAGGAAUAGGAACAACAUUCUAUGUGUCCUAUUUUAACGCAUGCCUUGUGUUCACCCUUUUAAUAGUGUUUGUUGUAAAAAUUCUUCACAGUGAAAGUGAAUAUGAAAAUAUUGGUGACGUAACACAAAUGUAUAAAGUUAUUUCCUGUGUAAAAGGACCGAAAGAGAAUGCCGAGUAUAGUUUCCUCACCUUCCGGUCUGGAGUAGCGCUACUGUACGGCGUCAUUGAAGUGUUUGUAUCGUCUGCUGUAACAUACUGCGAUCAAGCGUCUUGGCAAAGCAGAAUUGCUGCAAAACCUGUCCAGGGCGUGUGGGGGUUCAUUUUGGCCGGCUUUAUGUGGUUCUCCAUCCCUUCAACCAUGGCAACCACAACAGGCAUGGCAUAUAUAGCCCUCAGUGCUGAAAACGGCACACACCUUCUCAACAACGGUCAGAUUGAUCAAGGUUUGGUAACGCCGCUGAUCGCCGAGAAGAUCCUUGGGUCUGCUGGUGGUAUCUUAAUCCUAACGAUGGGCGCCAUGGCUCUGAUGUCCACGGGGUCCGGAGAGGUGAUGGCCAUCUCAUCCAUCGUCGUUUACGACAUCUACCAGACCUACGUCCGGCCAUUCCGUAAGGGAUUGAAGAGAACGCACUGUGUCCUGUGUGGCCGGACAAAGAAGCAUACGAUAACGGCUACGUAUGCUAACGACUCGGAGCGGGACUCGCUCUGCCAAUGCCGCAGCGUUAGUCGAUGUCACCACUGUGUCGAGGACAUGCGCAGGGUGAACCGGAAGUCAACGUCGGGGAUACAACCACCGUAUCAGUGCCAAAUCCAUGGCCGGUACCGUGAAUACCAGGACUACUUGAUAGAGUUCAAGAACUGGUGUAUUAUAUGGGUGACUAUUUCCAUUAUACCUCUUGGACUUGUCAUAUUCGAAACCGGUAUUGACCUCAACUGGAUAUUCUACUCAGGCGCCAUUUUAACUAUCCCGUGUUUCCCUCCUGUCAUGCUGUCCAUCCUUUGGGUUAAAGCCACAUCCAAGGGACUAGUAUCAGGAGGGCUGGCUGGUCUGCUCUUGGGUGUGACGGCUACCCUGUCGGUCGCGACCAUGUACGAGGGAGGACUUAGUAACUUCCUCAUCAACACCGUACAGGAUUACACCAUUCUAGCAGGCACUUGUUGCAGCUUUGGUGCUAGUUUGAUCGGUUGCAUAGUCGUGUCAAUAUUCACCAAUAAAAUUAAAACGAGUUACGACGAGGACGUCGAAUGGCAGAAGCUGUACGACAUUGAUAACCCGCUCAAUCCGUGGGAACUCAACUACCGCGAGGAGCUCAAAGGGCUCCACUACGAUACCAAACCAACCUUCGAACAAAUGUCGUUUACUUUCCGUAAGGCCAAGAUGACAGCGUAUGUUGGCGGGACGUGCAGCAUCGUCGUCGUCGCCUUUAUCAUCCCUGGCAUUAUGGCAAGUUUCCCGAUGAUGGACGAGGCACAGUUCGUGGUCUGGGUUGGGUUUACCCAGGCUUGGGCUGUCAUCAUGGCGCUCGUCGUCAUCAUCGCCCCACCAGCAGAGGAGAUAACUCGCAUCGUCAAACAGUACCGGAAGAACCAGGAGCGACAGAAGGAUUAUACAAACGGUUGUCUGGAUGAACAACCAAUGAAUGAGAUCACAGAUAAAACACUAUUAGACGGAAGUACGCCCGUAGCAAAGUUAUAAUCAAACGACUGUUAGACUGAGGUACUCCCGUAGCCAAGUUAUAAUCAAACGAGCUUAGAAUGUGCGUGUUCUUAUCCAUCGACAAUGACGAGCACAGACAACAGUUUGCUUGAUAUAAGCAUUGACGAAAAACAUUUGUAGAAAACAUCGAAUAUUAACCAGUGUUUAGAAAGAGUACUUUAUAUCAGAAUAUAGUUAAGCGACCUUUAAAGUCGGCGUUUUUGAUGAUCAGUGAUUAUCGGUGAACAGUUUGUGUGAACUGUGCUGUUUUUCUCCGAGGAAAGCUUUGAACAGCAAUAUUUCAAAUGGAAUUCUAGUGUGAGGAAAGUCAAAAGAUACAUAUCAAAAGUAUGAGCUGUUAUUCAAAGGAAGAAAUUGAAAACAAAAACGUUAGGAAGACUAGCAAUGAAUGCAACACGUGCAAAACUAUAAAUGUUAUGUGGAGAGUCAGUAAUACCUACACAACUGUUAUCGAUACUUAUUUACAUGUCUUAGAAAACUAAAGAGAAUGAUCUCAAUCAAAUCAGUAUUAGAUUGAUCGGCAUGACUCGUACAGUUGAGUUACCGAUACCGAUCGCUUUUUCUAAUUGUUCUUUUUCUAUAAAAGUAACAUACGGGUGUAUGUAAAUUUCAUUUUAAAGGAACCAA